CGACAGAACUUUCUUCCUCCUCUCUGAACUUCAGCGGAAGGCACCUUUCUCUGUUACGAAAUCAAACCUGCGACAACACACACCGCACACGCACGCAGAAACGAGACCGUAGCGCGGCAACCUCCGUCGUCGAGAAAAGCUCAAUUCCUGCGUGAUAACAAGUUUAAGGUCGACAUGUACAGAAGUACAGCUUCCCGCCUCAGAGCUCUCAAGGGGCGUGUGGGGAAUCUGGGUGCUACCCGAUGUGCAGCCUCAAGUGCAGUUGCUUCUACAACAUCAUCCUCCCCAGGAAUUUUCAGCUGGCUGAUUGGUGAACGUGCUAGUUCUUUUCCUCCUUUGAAUUCACCAUUUGAAGGUGUUUCUUCUCCACCAUCCCUCCCAGACUAUGUUGAGCCAAGCAAGAUUAAGUCGAAAACUCUUUCGAACGGUCUGACGAUAGUCUCUGAGACAUCUCCGAGUCCUGCAGCAUCGAUAGGGAUGUACAUUGACUGCGGUUCUAUCUAUGAGACACCCCAAUCGUGUGGAGCCACUCAUUUGCUUGAAAGAAUGGCAUUCAAAAGCACUCGAAACAGGAGCCACUUUCGCAUUGUAAGAGAAGUUGAGGCCAUUGGUGGUACUGUAGCAGCCUCGGCUUCACGAGAGCAGAUCGGAUACACUUUUGAUGCCUUGAAGACCUAUAUUCCUGAAAUGGUAGAAUUGCUCGUUGACUCCGUCAGGAACCCCGUGUUCAUUGAUUGGGAAGUCAAUGAGGAGCUGAAAAGGGUGAAGGAUGAGCUCAGUCAAAUCUCUAACAAUCCCCAAGGGUUACUCUUGGAGGCUAUUCAUUCUGCCGCUUAUACUGGUGCCUUGGCAAAUCCUCUUUUAGCUCCAGAAGCAGCAUUGAGCAGACUGAACGGUGACAUUUUGGAGGAAUUUGUAGCUGAGAAUUAUACAGCUCCUAGAAUGAUCCUUGCAGCAUCAGGGGUUGAAUUCGAGGAGCUUUUGUCUGUUGCCGAACCACUUCUCUCUGACCUUCCACUUGUCCAACAUCCGGAAGCACCAAAGUCCGUAUAUGUUGGGGGGGAUUAUCGUCGCCAGGCAGAUUUACCGGUGCAUGUAACACAUGUUGCUCUUGCCUUUGAAGUUCCUGGAGGCUGGCAUAAUGAAAAGGAAGCGAUAACCCUAACUGUACUCCAGAUGCUUAUGGGAGGAGGUGGCUCGUUCUCUGCAGGGGGACCAGGAAAAGGGAUGCACUCACGCUUGUAUCUCCGUGUACUGAAUAACUAUCAACAGCUCCAGUCCUUUUCUGCAUUCAACAGUAUCUUCAACCACACGGGAUUGUUUGGCAUUUAUGCAACCACUACUUCUGACUUUGUGGCGAAGGCUGUUGAUGUAGCGGCAGGGGAGUUAAUCUCUAUUGCAACUCCUAAACAAGUUUGUGAGACACAGUUGAACCGUGCUAAAGAGGCCACAAAAUCUGCAGUUCUCAUGAAUCUCGAGUCUAGAAUGAUUGUAGCCGAAGAUAUUGGCAGGCAGUAUCUGACUUAUGGUGAAAGAAAGCCAGUGGAUCAAUUCUUGAAGGCAGUGGAUGAGAUCACGUUGAAGGACAUAACUGACAUUUCACAGAAGUUGAUCGCUUCACCUCUAACAAUGGCAUCUUAUGGGGAUGUCAUAAACGUCCCUAGCUACGAGUCGGUGAAGGCAGUUUUCCAUGCGAAAUGAGAGGCAGCUCUACCUAGUGUGGCGUUUCAACAUUUCCAGAUUGAGUUUCAGAUUGAGUCGCAAUAAAGACUAAUAUGAUGGAGAAGAAGAUCGAUCCUGGAGGCUUUUCUCCCUUGUUUGAUCAAUGGGAAGUUUUGUAUCUUUAAUUUUGAGGCAUUCUUCGAUAGAUGGGUCAACUUUUUCUUGGUUCCACUUCCAUUUUUGUGCCACCUCCCAAAUUCUCUACUUUUGCUGUUGGAGUUAAGGUGAGCGACCAUGGGAGAAUGGGUGUAUCCCGAGGUUCUUUGACAGCGAGUGAAGGAAGUAAUAGAGGAAUUUGGAUAUGUUCCGCAACUUAAUAUUUAGAGGAUGGUCUUCCAUCUCCCAUCCAAUGGUUCAUAAAAAUGGCUCAUUAAAUUAAUGGUUCAUAUCUGUUGGGAAAAAGUGGUAGUGGAUUGUGAGGUCUACAAUCUGAAAAGCAGCUGACAAUUGGAAUUGGGGUC